GUCUCCAUGGCCAGGCAGACAAUUGACGAUGGACGUCAGAGACGACAUAUCUGCCGUAGAAAGUAGUGUUUUCCGUGACCGUCACAGAGUCUAAAACGGUGAUGGAGCGAGUAAGAGCGGAUGAGCGCUGAGUGAAAUGCUGGUGUCGAAGCAGUGACAGCUAAACCGCUAAACAAUAGGCGCUCUGGCCACAUUAAGGGCCAGCAAACGAAACGAUUUUACGCACUACCGUAAUAGUAAAAUUGACUAAGAUCUGUUGGCAGGCUGGGGGCCUGUUCGGUUCGUGGUCCUGGAUGGUGACACUCGCGGUAGACUAGUGCAGAGUCCUUUACUGUGUAUAGGCAACAGAUCGAGUGCAUCAGCAUGAACCACCGGCCACCUGCCAAGCAGCUUCGCGGUUUUAAGAUGACGAAAUACGCGAUAAAAGAAGAGCAACAUGAUCAGGUGUUGCAGGUGUUUAUGGAAACGGCGCAAACCUAUCGAAGGCUAUCAACCGCUCACCGCCGAACCUCGAUCGUUGACGAGUUUGUCAAGGACCAGCGGAUGGGCGUGGUCGCAGUCAACAGUUUGCUGCACCAGAAGGCGCUCGAUAUCAAGCAGCAAAACGUCAACUGGGCAUCCUACAAACAGAUGCACAUGAUCACCCAGGAUGACUACCAAUUCCUGACGUCUUAUGAACAGGCUACUAACGCUGAAGCUCGUACGAAGCUUCUUAGCACCGAACAGGCUCGCCAACAAUGCGCCAAGACGCUGUGUAGUUUGGUGGCAAACAUAUCGAAGGACCAGACCGUACAGUAUCUGCUUAUCCUUAUCGACGACAUGCUCGAAGAGAGUCCUGAUCGGGUGGACCUGUUCCGGGACUACACACGCAAACACAAAGAAUCGGUAUAUGCGCCAUUUCUCGAUUUGCUUGGCCGUCAGGACGGGUUUAUUGCGAACAUGGCGGCCCGUAUUAUUGCAAAAAUCGCUUGCAACGGAAGACUUCGUAUGGAGGAUCCCGAUCUGUCAAAGUACCUCAUCUGGCUACGGAAUCAACUUAAGCUGCCGAAUAAUGAGUACGUGCAAAGUGCAGCCCGAUGUCUGCAGAUGAUGCUGCGGAUUGACGAUUACCGAAAGCCGUUUGAUGCAGUCAACGGAAUCAAUACCAUUGUGGAAGUACUUCGCGUGGGGCAGCUCAACUUCCAGAUGCAGUAUCAGUGCACGUUUUGCCUGUGGGUGCUCGCAUUCAAUGGGCCGCUGUGUGCUCGCAUGAGCCAAAUGAACAUCGUGCCAGUCCUCGCUGACCUGCUCACUCAGAGCCAGAAGGAAAAAGUAACUCGAAUUGUCCUCGCCACGCUCAGGAAUUUCCUGGAGAAGCCCGAAGAGCCUUCAAUUGUUCGCGAAAAUUCGAUCAACAUGAUCCAAUGCAAGGUGCUCAAGAAUCUCGUGAACUUGCAGCAGAACCCGCGUGAGGAUCCGGAUGUAGCUGAAGAUAUCACCUACCUUGUCGAAAAGCUCCAAAUUCUCGAACAAGACAUGUCUUCAUUCGACGAGUACGUUAAUGAGAUCAAGACGGGCCGACUUGAAUGGUCACCGGUUCAUUCGUCUGAGAAGUUUUGGCGCGAGAACGCUGAAAAGCUGAACGAAAAGAACUAUGAACUUUUAAAAAUGCUUAUCUCGUUGCUUGAAAGUGAGGACCCCUUGAUUGUGACGGUGGCUGCUCACGACUUGGGAGAAUAUGUUCGGCAUUAUCCCCGUGGAAAACAGGUCAUCGAAAAGCUCAACGGAAAGCACCGUGUGAUGCAACUGCUGUCGCACGGUGAUCCAAACGUUCGCUAUGAGGCUCUUCUCUGCUCCAGAAGCUCAUGGUCCACAACUGGGAGUAUCUCGGCCGACAGGCUCAGAACGAACAGCAAAACCUCAAGAAAGGAGCCGGCCGAGGUCAACAGCCCCAGCACGCAAUCCGUGCUAAUUGAGCCUAAAAUUUAAUCAAUAAUGAAUGAACAGCGUAAAUUACUGAGUCAGCACAGUCCUACUAAUAACACAUGGAACAAACCUUAUCAAUAGCCAAUUCCAAGUAUAUUCUGCGCUCUGCUAGUCCACAGGCAAACAUUUCAAGAUAGUAAUGACAUUUAAUGAUCACAGGACGACGCCAUUGUUGAUGUAUUCGGAAGCAAACAAAACAGAACAACAACUAUUAUAACAGAAACAUAAGGAAGAAUGAAACAGCUAUAAGAAUAGAUAUUUUGGCAGCAAUGGUUGACGCACACGAGAAUAUAGACACACACACGCACGCACGUUUUUAGUGGGUAUCGUUUCGUCAGGUCAAGUAGGUUCUUUGUGGUCGGGAGAGCUAACGUGUAAUGAGGGUGGCAUUUCUUGCGCAGUAAUAUUGCCAUUACUAAGAAACCGUUUGGCAACUUCCUAAUUCUGGAAAUUUCGGGACAAGUUCGUUUGCAAGCGUUCCUAUUGGCAUUGACGCCGUAUCCGGAAUAUCAUAAAUUGAUUGAUGCUAGUCUUAAGUUGAAUAUUUCUCUAAUUUACUUAGGAAACUUGGCAGGCGCCAGAAAACGUGUAACUUCAGUUGCACAGUUGAAUAAUAUCAAAGACAAACUUUGGAUUUUUCUGUCGUGUGUAAGUAGUGUACAAUACUUAAUUCAUUAUAGUCAUAUAUGGAAAAAAAGUGGCGGCCUGUCUGGCACAUGACUUUUAUGUUUGCAUCUUUUAUAAUUUGUCUCUGUGUGUGUGAUUAAACAAUAAAAUAAAACGUCUGUGGUGUAAUAUCACUGCUUUUAAUAAGGACUAUAUUAGUAAAAAAUUUCAUCCUUGCUGUUUCGGCUGACAUCAUGAUUUAUUAGCGUGAAAUUCAAAAUAAAGGCGAAUAGUGAGGUGAGCUAAAAACUCAAGAGGUAUUGGCAAGGUUUCUUGCAUUCCCAAAUAUCAUCAUUUCUACUUACACGACUUAGUCUACUUCUUACAAAACCAUUCUGGUAUGUGCGUCGGUGACUUAACAGCUGUAGCCUAGGUGUUAAGAUUAGAUCUCCAUUUUAGUACCUAGUGAGCAAGUUGAAAUAGGUUUCCGCGAUUCUCGAAACCACUACAAUUAUUAUCAUAAUAAAAGGCUACUAUAACCACGUAUGGUAUCAAAUGUAUCAAAUGCAGUUGGAACAAUACAGAGCUAAUAGUCUCAACAUAACACAAUUACAUCUGUAAUGACAUGCAAUAGAUCCGGACAGCGGGAUUGUAUGUUGUGAAAAAGUUAAAUGGAAGACAAGCCAGGGACGGCGACCGUAGAGUACUACCCAUGACUCACAUGUUCAACUUAAUAUCCUCUUUUCAUACAUUUACAGUUCGAUUUAGUGUGUAACAAUGGAGAAAACUAUUGAGUAUAAAGAUGACUGCGAUGUUUUGUCUGUUCGCAGUCACUCAGUAUUACCGGUAGAUGAUGAGAUGACAGCAAAAUGCAGAGAAAGGGGUUCCAUGCAUGGAUGAGAUGUAUGAGUAUUUGCAGUUAAUAUGCAGCUAGUUAUGAUCGACGUGUGUACAAGCCUAUCGGGGUGCGUACGUCAAAAACUGGUGAGAUGGCAGCGAGUAGACGUAGAUUGAAUUUAGCGUGAUUAGUGUUGUUAAAUCGUUUAGUAUGGCGGUAUGGUGAUUAUGACAAUUCGAUGACGGCUAGUGUGCAGGUAGUUAUCGAAUAAUAAAGUUGUACAAUUGUUGUAAGCCGA